AUGCUUCUCAUUGGCAUCCUGGUCCUUUUGGUGACAGUCUGUGCAAUGCUGGCGUUGCGGCCUUGUAGCGAUCACCGAAAGAACUCGGGUGAUGCAAAGGGCGGGAACGAGGUGCAUAAUUUUUUUGUCUCAGCAGGUGGGUUUCGUUGCCAACAGGCGGCGUACUUUGCAAGGGAGGAGGUUGCGCGUCACGCGUCGGAGUCUGACCUCUGGCUGGUGAUCGAUGGAAAUGUGUUGGAUGUGAGUUUGUUCGUGCGACAGCACCCGGGUGGGCUGCUGAUCAUGGAGGGCGCAGGCGGCCGUGACGCGGCGGCGCUCUUCUCCGAGUUCCAUUUGCCAUCGACGGUAAAGCUCUUUGAGAAGUACUGCAUUGGGCGUUUGAAGGAGUAG